AUGGAGUUCAGACAACUGACAGACAGACGAUAACUAAACUUAAUAAAGAGGAUGGACCGAGCUUACGGAAUGGAGGGGAUGAAGGAGACGGACAGUCACGUGUACUGUACACAGGACCUGCUCGGGAAGGGGGCCACGGGUGAUGUAUACAAGGGAAUCAACAAAAAUACGGGAGAGGUUGUUGCACUAAAGAUGUUUGAGACCAAGUUUUCUUCCCAUGUCCAGAGAGAGGUGGAGGCUCUGGUGAAACUCCAGCACCCAAAUAUUGUCCGAUUCAUGCGUUGUGAGAAAGAUUAUAUGACAAAGAGGAAUGUGUUAGUGAUGGAACUGUGUGAGAAGGGCAGUUUAUUGGAUCUCCUCAAGGAACCUCAGAAUGGCUUUGGUGUGGACGAGGAGGAGUUUCUCAGAGUCUUCAAGCAUUUGGUAAAUGGUACAAAACAUUUGAGAAAUCAAGGAUUUUCCCACCGGGACAUCAAACCUGGUAACGUCUUAAUCUUCACAGAUGACGAUGGCAGCAAUGUUUACAAGCUGUCAGACUUUGGUACAGCCAAACCACUGGGAGACCAAGACAGUUUCAUGUCCCUCGUUGGAACAGAGGAAUAUCUGCAUCCAGACAUAUAUAAGGCAGCAUUCAUUGAUGGCCGAAACUGUCAAGGAUUUGACAUUUCAGUAGACAUGUGGAGCCUGGGAGUGACUUUAUUCCAUACUGCCACCGGUGAAGUACCAUUCCAUGCAUACAGUGGUCGCUUUGACAAAACAAAAACGUACGAGAUUCUGUCAAACAAAGCUAAAGGUGUCAUAUCUGGUCAGCAACGUGUCAGUGGUGGCCCAAUAGAGUGGAGCAGUGAGUUACCAAGUACCUGUAAAUUUACCAGGCCCCUCAGAGACUGGGUGCGAGACAUUCUUGUCAGAAUGUUUGACAGUGCCAAGGACCCUUCCUGGGGAUUUGACCAGUUCUUUGAUGCCGCUGAUACUAUAAUUGACCCAAGUGUCCAGCAGCUUCAUGUUUUUUCCUCUCUCAAUGGUCAGCACUACCGAUUCUUUCUUGACAGAGACUCAAGGUACAAAGAACUGUCGGAAGAGGUGAAACAGAUAAUGAGACUUCCUACAGAUGACCAGGUGAUGUUGUGUGAGAAUGGUGACAUUGUGGGAACAAUGAUGCAAGACACUCCUAUCUCUCGCUACCCACACACGUCCAGAGCCGACCCACUCGUUCUUAUGCCAUCAAAAGCGGGAGAAAACGGUUCACAUGUGUUCAAACUUGAUGGCUUUGAACAAGUCAUUGACAAUCCCUGUGAUGCGUUCCCUACCAUUGUUAACACUGAUCAAGAUUACAGGCGAGCCAAGAGUAUGUGUGAAAUCAUUCAUUUGUCCAGAAAGAUGGUACACUCUGCUGUUCUCUCACAGAAACUUUUCACCAGAACCAUUGCCAGGCAUGGUUUAAUGUUUGACCAAAAGAUUCGUCAGCACCGGCGAGAUUUUGACUUUAUCUGGGAGAGAUUUGACGAUGUGUCAUGUUUCACCACGGAAGAGAUGAAAAAGCAUGCACAAGGAUUUGCAUGUGUCUCAAAAGAUGGCGAAGUUAUUGAUGAUAACUUUGACAGUAUCCGAGAAAAGCUCCAGAUCUGUGGUAGGAGGCUAAAAAAUGUCAGCGAUGAGUACGAGGCUGCAAAAGAGGCAUGGAGCAUCUCCGACAGUACCGUCCUACAGAACCAACGCUGGGAGGGGAAGGCAGACCGAAUUGUAGAUCUGAGCAAGGCACGACUGCAGAAGUUUAGAGAAUACAGAUGUAAGCAUCGCCUGACGUACCAUGAACAGAAACUGUUUGCUUUUGACAGAAAGGCUAUGGAAGAGCUCCACAGGAAAGCUCUCAAUGGGUUCGAGGAUUGUCGGAAAAGUCUGACAGAGACACAUCUCAAGUUCAUCGUGUGGCACAGACAUUACACAGGAUUUUCACAGAGUAUCAAAGAACUUGGAGGAAAGCUGGAAGAUCUGAGGUCGUCCAUCGGAGAUCUGGUGAAAAUUCUACAGGGAGUACCUGAAACACUACCCCCUCCACAGAAACCCGCAUCACUCAUCAGGAAGUCAUUAGCACAGAACAUGAAGUUUGGAGUGGAUGACUUUGGGAAGGAAUUAACAGAGAACCAGUCUGUGGUAGAAGAGACACGCGAACAGUUAAAAAGUAUGUCGAAUCUUCUGAAAGAUAUGCAGAGCGAUCUACCUGCAGUUAUCGACUCAAACAUGACAGACACGUGAUCCACAAAACAAAACCCACACCAAAAACAUUUGCAGAUAUGGUUCAUCACUAGACUAAUAAUCCGUGGCGAUUUAAGUAAUAUCACUAGAUGUGUUACCCUUUAGACAGUAACCUGACGACGAUAGAUUAACAUCACGAUAAUUGUUACCCUUUGGACAGUAACCUGACGACGAUAGAGUAGCAUCAUGAGAUUUGUUACCCUCUAAGACAGUAACCUGACGAUUAUAAAGUAUCACCACUCGACUUGUUACCCUUUAGACAGUAACCUGACGACGAUAGAGCAAAGUCACUAGACUUGCUGCCCUUUAGACAGUAACCUGACGACGAUAGAGUAACAUCGUAGACUUGCUACCCUUUAGACAGUAACCUGACGACGAUAGAGUAACAUCAUAGACUUGUUACCCUUUAGACAAUAACCUGACGACGAUAGAGUGACAUCACUAGACAUGUUACCUACAAAAUGGUGUCAUGGUGGCAUCACUAGAUUUUUCCCAGUAACCUGACAAGAGAACGACAUCAACUGACAGUUAACUUACGACGACAGGGUUGAAUAACUAGACUGUCGACCGUUGCUAGAAUGGCACAUCAGGAUGUUAACGUAAUGACGACAUAUUGGCACCACAAGACAGUACCUAAAGAACGACGAAGUGGCAUCACUAGACAGUAACAUAAUGACGACAGAGUGACAUCCGUAGACUUUUAUCUAGUAGGGACAGGUAGGUCUAAUGUUAGUAACCAAGAGAGUGAGAUGGCGAAACAUUUGAAAUCAUGCCACUAAACUUAUGUGAUUCAAACGUUCUUCACGUAAAACUAAAGUUAGAGGCGUUUUGUUGAAACCUUGCCGGUAUACGUAUUAAUAGAGAAACUAGAUAUAACCUAUCAUUAACCAAUACUUUUGAUAGCAACGUUCCUUAUUUUUUAUCAUAUUUGUUUUUGUUAUAAGUUUUUAUAGUAUGACGUUAUGAAAAUAUUUACAGAAAUAUAUACGAAAUAUGUUUUUUUUUUCUAGAAAAACUCUUUAACGAUAAAAUACAUACCAGCUGAAAUUCAUUCCCACAUAUUCAGGAGGCUUAUCCCUGGACGAAUGAGGAGUUCAGUUAAACUUUUAAGUAGAUAUUAUGUACUACGUUCUGUAUUGGAACGUUGACGAGAGACAAUGAACAUUUCUCUUAUUUCAGAAUUUGGAGACGGGUGUUUCUGAUAUUUGUGUUGGUAGGCGUAAGGGGGAAAAAUUCCCCUUUCAAUGUGUAUGUAGAGUAAAUCGAGUUCAUACUCGACCGAUGUACAACGUACAGUUCAUAUAUGUGAUAGAAGGAUUGAGAUUGGGAUAGCUGAAUGUAUGGGGACUAAAUGCCAUUUUGAGGCCGCUUAGUUACACACAUUUUGGGGAAAUCCAUCAUGUCUUUAGUGUAUAAGGUUAUAUCAAAAUGACUGUAUCAUGCAAUUUUGAUAGUGUAUACAUUUCAAUAACUAACAUGUGAUUCAUUGAUAAACUAACGCGUCGAAUUGAACGAUGAAGAGAAGAACUACAUAAACGAAUAAGUCGGUAACUACAGAUGCACCUGUUAUACAUGUUGUUUUACUUCAGGAUCGGAAAAUUGAGGGGAAAAUGACAGAUGUUAUUCUAAAUUUAUUGUUUCUCUCAUGCUGUUUGUGUGACAAGCAAUGUUGGUUAAUAUCAGUAUACCUCUGAAAUAUGUAGCUCACAAACGAAGUGACAGUGUUGUUGUCGUUUGCUUGAUUUAAAUAAAUAAUGGACAAUUUUAAUGAAUGAUGCUGAGUUGCUGAUAAUACAUAAUUACAAAUUUAAUAAUAUUAUGUUGUAAGAAGGGGGAUAUGAUGGGUUUGAUAUCAUUUUCUCAGUCUUCCGUGUCAGAUUUCGUUUUUAAUGUACCCCUUGUUAUUCUAGUUAAAACAUUCCUGCUAUUGUAAUUGGGACCACUGCAUCUUAAGUGUGCUUUUUCUACUGUUAAUUUUACGUAAGUAAUAAAUUACUUCAAUCAUA